AUGAAAUAUAAGAUGUUGACAUUAAAAUCAACAAAAAAAUGUUGUAAAAAUUUUAAAUGUAGAUUUUUUUCUAACAUUAAAUAUGAAGAAAAUGUAUUAAAUUUCGAAAAAAAAAAAUCAAAAUUUGAAAAAAACACAAAAUUUAGAGAAGAACUAUAUAAAUAUCAUUACGAACAAUAUAUAGAUAAUGUAAAUUUAAGGCCUGAUUUGUACUUGAAAAAUGCAGAAGAGAAUAAUAUUCAUGAUAAAAGAAUAAAAAGAAAUGUUCCUUUUGUUUAUAGUAACGAAGUUAAAAAUUUAGAAGAAUUAAAAACAAAUCCUCUUACCCUUGUUAACGUAAAAAAUAUGAAUAAUGAAUCUUUUGGUGUUGCAACGUUUAAUCCAUAUUCAUUAAUUAGUGCGAGAAUAAUAAAUCAAAAUUCUCUCUUUUCAAUAAAUAUAAAUUUUUUUAUAGAAAAAAUAAAAAAUGCUUUGCUUUGGAGAAAUAAAAUAGUGAAGAAUGAAACAGAUAAUAUGAGCAAUUCCAUUAGUCAUCAAAUUACACCAAGUGCUAAUAUAACUAUAGAUACUACUAGUAAUGAUAAAAAUAACAACAUUGCUAAUGAUAAUAACACCAAUGAAAAUAUUCAUAAUUAUCCAAUAUUAAAUAGUAGUCAUUGCUAUCGGUUAAUAAAUAGUGAAGGUGAUAGUAUCCCAGGUUUAAUAGUUGAUAGAUUUGAUGAUUACAUUAGUAUACAACAUUUAACACUUGGGUGUGAAAUGUUAGCUUGCAAUAUUAAUGAUGCACUUAUUGAACUUUUAAAGCCAAAAGGUAUAAUAUUCCGAAAUGAUAAUAAAGAAAGAUUAAAUGAAAAACUAGAAAUAUAUAAAAAAGUAAUUUACGGGAAGGUACCAGAUAAAGUAACAUUAAUCGAAAAUAAUUGCUUUUUUAUUAUAGAUUUAAUUGAUUCUCCAAAUACAGGAUGGUUUUUUAAUAGAAAAGAUUUAAGAAAUCUUUUAUGCCAGUAUUCUUAUCAAAAAAAUGUUCUCGAUCUUUUUUCAUACGUCGGAUCUUUUGGUAUCCAAUGUUCAAAAAUAGGAAAAGCAAAAAAAGUUGUAUGCGUCGAAAAAUAUAAAAAUUUUGUACAACUAGCUAAAAAGUCAGCUAAUUUAAAUAAUAUAAAUAAUAUAGAAUUUUUAUGUUCCGACUCUUUAAAUUUCCUUGAAAAUUGUAAUCAAUUAUUUGACAUAAUAAUUUUAGAUCCACCUAAUUUGAUUCCUAAAUCACAGUUUCUUAAAUCAGGUUCUAGGAGAUAUAUUAAUUUAAUUAAUUUAGCACAAAAUUAUGUUACAUCAAAUGGGUUACUGCUAAUUAUAUUUACUACGAAAUUAUUUUCUUAUCAAGAUUAUAUUAAUAUAAUUAAUAAAUCUUUUAUUAAUGUCAAUAAAAAAGUUAAAAUUGUUGGGCAAGGACGGGCUUCACCUGAUAAUCCAGUUAAUUUGUCUCUUUAUUUAUUUUCUGAUUUUUAUUGGUUUAUUUUACAAUUAACUUAUUGA